UUCAUAUCAGUGGCGUAGCCCGAAAGAGUAGAUGAGUAAAUAUAACUCGCGGACAUGAGUAAUGCAUUAUGAGGGGAAAGGGGGGAGCAGCCCCUGAACCUCCUGUAACUUUCCAAUGUAGACACAAGCCGUUAACACACAUACACACACGUACCAGACUGAACUUGAAAUUGCAAUCGCAGCAGCGUGCCAUUGGCAUUGGUCUAGUCCACAUACGCUUAUAUACCAACGCUCUAUGAAUACAUGUCAGCAUCACACUGAACUACUGAGCAAACUACAUUACUACUGACAUAGGUGUACCUCUCAGACUAACUAUGGAGCGAAAAGGAAAAAGAACAGGAAAGACGGCCGUCAAAGACAGUGCGGAGGACAUCAAACCUGCACUGAAGGCAAAAAAGAAACGAUUGGACGAAAAGAAGCUCAAAACUGAAAUAGUACGGUCUGAUACGAAGGCUGGAAAAAGGAAAAGGCCCAUCCCAAAAGAGGAGAAGAAAAGAAAGGAACCAAAACUGGAUGAGGAAACAGAGUUGGAAACUGGACUUGACCAGUAUAAGCAGAAGGAAAGGAAGAAACAUCGAGGGGGUGAAGAAGCGCACUCGGAAACUAGGCGCGAUGGAGACGAUAAAUACGACACCGCUGCCAUCACAGCGAAAGCUUGUCGCGAUGAACCAGAUGACGACGAUCGAGAUUCGACAGCAGAGGAAGACGAAAUAGAGACAGAUGAAACAGAGAAAGACGAAACAGAGGAAGACGAAACAGACGAGGACGAACCCAUGGAUUGUGCAGAGGAGACGAUAGAAGAUCCCAGCAGUGACACUUUCCUUCCAACUUCCAUGUUGCAGCCCGAAGGAUCCAAGACUCAACAUGGAUAUUCUAAGAGUUUCCGGUCGGUGGAGCAGCGUAUCAGUAAAAGGCAACAAGAGACGAAACCCAUGGUCCAACCAGACACAGCCGUACUAGACGAGGCAGAUAGUGCAUCCUUGAAAAUGAAUCGUGAUAUUCGAACGACAGGAAGGGGAGUGCCAUACCUCUCCCCUCGCCCAAAUAUCAGACCCAGUACUCCUUACAAAAAAAGUGUUACCAAAGCAUCUCAUGUAGACGUUCGUCCUGAGAGUCGGCAAAGGCACUGCCAGCAAUCCUGGCUGGACAAAGCCAGGCCAACCGUUGAGACCAAGAGAACAUACACCAACUCAACGUAUACAAGCAAGAAUAGAAUGGAGAGGAAAAGCGCCCCAAGCAGAGAAGACAGAGUAUCAUCUUCUCAUAUGUGCAAGAAGAGUUGCAUCUUGCUAUUGGUAUUGCUAACUGCCUUUGUUUUGGCUUCGUUGGCCUUCAUACCUCAUACUUCAAAGAUGGAUGUUGGUAAGACCGAUGUUGUACAAACUAUUGUAAAAGAUAUUGGGUCCUUCUUGGAUUCACCUGGACGUGCUGGAUGUGUGAAAAGAGAGCGGUCUGAUCGAUUUGAUGUCUUAAUGCAGGAGCAAGAUGUCCUUCACCAACAGCACCCGAGUCUUGAUGAAUCAAAGCUUUCUAUCAUCGCCGGUGCGUCGUUCGAUCACGUUGAAGAACAUCGUGAACUCGUACGACCAGUCGUACUGCUACUCGUCGGGAAACACGGAGGCAAGACUGACAUCAAUGACGUCGCCAGCAACGUCGCUAAGAUGUACGCAAAGGUCUUUUCCCCAGAACAUCAUGAGAACGACAUCGUAAGGAUCGUCGGCGCAGACCUUGAGAAAUCCGCUUCGGAUGAAGUGAAGAAAGAAGUGCAUGGUCGCAUCGAAGAAGGCUUCAAAAACUGCUCUAACGUCGUUCUGAUUACCGAUGUGGAUAGACUACCUCCUUGUUCAGCCAUUUUGUUCCACGCUUACUGUGAUAACGAUAGCGCUCCUUAUAAAGACGCAGUCUUCAUCUUUACCAUGACACUUAAUACUAAAUUGGCAGAAGACACACAGGCUAUGGUUGAUGAAAAGGCAGUCCAAGCCCAGCUUAAUGAAGGGUGGAGCCAGUGUCCUGAAGAAUUCACACCUGCUAAAAUGGUAGCAAUGCAUAGCCGUAUUGCAAAUAAUAUAGUCAUCAUUAAGAAAUAGACUAUGCACAAAGUUGGGUGGUACAUUGGGUGGUAUUCUCGAAAGCGGACUAACUGUAGUCCAUGGUUUAAUCCACCGACUAAGUAAGGAAUGCCAAGUGUUCAUAUGAAUACCUUUAUGAAUAAUGUAAUCUGUCACUAAAUUAAAAUAAAAUGUUAUUAUAUAU